UGUAUAUAUCCCUAUCCUUGGAAACAAGCUUGUUUAGGAGGCAUUCUACCAACCAUGGCCUGUUGAAACCUGCAUUCAGUGCUCUACCACUGGCUCAUAUUAUACUGUGUCCAAAAGAAACUAGUCCUUGGUAGUCCUGGGCAGCAGGGGAACUGACUCCAGAUUGGCCACACACAUGUAAUGGUUGUGUUCACUACUUCCAGGGAAACCUCACCCAGAGCUAACAGACUAAUAUGAUAAAUUUCCACAGCCUAGGCAACUAAAGCAUUUCACAAAUACCUAAAAUUGAAGAUAACUGAAAAAGGGCUGCAGAAACUCCCUACUGUACAUACUUCAAAGCCAGUACAUUCUACCCAACUGUCAUCUUAAAACAUGCUUAUGAGAGCCACUCUACAAACCUGGAGGAGGUGAGCAUACUAGUAGAUAUAUAAUAACAUGGGUACAAUAAAAUUGAAAAGCAAGAAAACAUGACACCACUGCAAAAACAUAACAGCUAUGCAAAGAAUAAUUCCAAGAAAAUGAAAAAUUUAUGAAUUGCCUUAGAGCGAAUUGAAAACAAUGACCAUAUGAAAACUCUGAGGGAUACAAGAGAAUAUAAACAGGUAGGUUAAUAAAAUCAGAAAAACAAUUCUUACCCAAAUAAAUUCACAGAGGCACCAUAAAAUAGAACCAAGUAGAAACAUUAGAGCUGAAGAACUCAAUGAAUGAAUUUCAUAUACAUUUAACUGGGAUGAUCACUAGCAAACAAAAUCAAGAAUUUCUAAAUGUUAAGUUCUAAUGUCUUUUGAAAUAAUCCAAAAACAAUGGAUGAUAAAACAGUAAAUAAAGCCUAUAUUUAAGGGAUAUAAUUAAGCAAUCAAAUCUUUAUUUUAUGGAAAUUCUACAGGGAGAAAAGAAAGUCAAAUGCACAGAAGACGUUAAAUAAAUAAUAACUGAGAGAUUCCCAGGUCAUGGGGGAGGCAUGGUCAUCUAUAUUCUUUUUUUGUUGUUUUGUUUCAUUUAUACUCUUUUUUUUUAACACUCCAGAUUUUGUUUCUCUCCCAGUCCACCCUCCAACUGUUCCACAACCCAUACCUCUUUACUGCCCCGUCUCCAUGAGGAUGUCCCCACCUCCCACCUCCACCCCACCAGACCUCUAAACUCCCUGGGGCCUCCAGUCUCUAGAGGGAUAUCCAUAUUCUUGAAGCUCAAAAAACCUCCCAGCUCUUCUCUGAUGAACACUAUAACAAAAAUUUCAACAGUCAAGGAAGAAUUCUGAAAGAGGAAUGACACAUAAAGUUACAUAUAAAGAAGUCCCUAUGAGAAUAUUAGCAGAUUUCUCAGGUGAUACCUUGCAGGCUAGAAGAGAACAGAAAAGAAAAAAAUAAAGCCAGCUAAGAAUAUUAUGCCCUGAAAAGUUAUCUUUCAGUUUUUUCAUUUUUAAUGAAUAUAUUCUCAAGCAAAGGCUAAGCUACUAGCCUAGCAUUAAAAAAAUUGAAGGUGCUUCAACAAGAAAUAAAAGUACUUUAUUAACAUAAACACAUCUGAAAGUAUAGAUUUCACUAAUGUAUAUAAACUCACAAUCAAAGCACAGUAACAUAUUACUCUGAGAGUAGAAUAUAACCUUUGAAAUACCUAGUGAAAGUUAUCAAUGAUAAUUAUAUCGAGAAAGCCAUUAAGGAACACAAAGUAUAUAGAUCUAAAUUAAGGCCAUAAAGUUAUAAACACCUAGGUGUGACACCUAAGUAUUUGUCUUUUAAAAUAAUUUAUGUAUAUGACUUUGCUAGCCUGUAUGUAUCAUGUAUGUGCCUGGUACAUGAUUAGAUGAAGGACAUCAGACCCUCUGAGACAGGAGUUACAGAGAGUUAUAAGCAACCACAUGGACACUGGGAACUAAAUCUGAUCCUUCGCAAGAACAAGAGUAUCUUAGAUAAGUGGGAGGGGUUGGCUUUGUUUUCUAAAUAGACAUUUCUGAGUGUUAUUUUAAAAAGUUAAGAGGGGGGCGGGAGAAAUGACUCAGUGGUUGAGACCAUGACACUGAAAGUUAUAGCUGGGCAAUUAGUCAAGAGAAAAACACCGAAACCAAAACCAAAACCAAAAGAAUAUUCAAACAGGAAAGCCAUCAGUCCAGCUUUCCCUGUUAGCAAAUAUUAUGAUUUUACACACAGAAAUCUCUGAAGACACAGUUCCCCAAAUCUGUCACCAGUAAUUUAGUUAAGUCACAGGAUAUAAAACAACAUAUAAAAUCAGUUUCUUUAUUCUUUUUAAAAGUUUGAUUUACUUUUAUAGUGACCGUGCCCAAACCCUGAUAUUUGCUUAUGCUAGGCAAAAACUUUAAUGUUGACAUAGUUUCACCACUACCCAUUUGAAAGUACACAAUAUAGUGUUUGUAAAUACUAAAAAUGAGCUAUCUGAAAAGGAAAUUAAGAAGACAAUCCUGGGGCUGAAGAGAUGGCUCUAUGGUUAAGAGUAUUUGCUAUUCUUGUAGAGGUUCCCAGGUUUGGUUUCCAGACAAUUCACAAUGACUUGACAUUCCAGUUCCAGGGGGAUCUUUUGGCCUGCAGGGGCACUGCACAAUAUGGUACACAUACAGACAAAUAGGCCCCACAUACAUAUAAAUAAGAAAUAGAUAAAAAGUUUAAAAUGUUAAAAAGAAAACAAUUAAAAAAGAAAACAAUUCCAUUUAUAAAUAGCUACAAAAAUACUCAGAAAUAAAUGUAACCAAAAAGAUUAUUUUCACUGAUAAUUAUAAAACAUCGAUUUGGUUGGAAAAUUUAAAAUAUUGUUAAAUAUCUCUGUUACCCAAAGAGAUCUAAGGAUUAAAUCCAACUUCUAUCAAAGUAUCAAUGAUAUUUAUUCUUUGCAUUAGAAAAAGUAAAAAACUAAAAUUUGGAAUCAUGAACGACCCCAAAUCACCAAAUCCCAAAAAGAAUAAAGCUGAAGGUAUCACACGAUAUGACUUCAAAAUACUACAAAUCUGUAGUAACCAAAUCAGCAUGAUGCUGACAUAAAAAUAGCCACACAGACUAGCAGAACAGAAGAGAGAGCCCAAAAGUAAAUUUAUCCAUCCACAGGCACUUCACUGGUUUCCCUUCCCUCCUCCCCUCUCAGUCUGUCCCACUUCCCAAUGCACCACACCUCCAUUUCUUCAGAAAAGGGCAGACCUCCCAUGGACAUCAAUCAAACAAUGGCUAUCAAGUUGCAGUAAGACUGAAGCCAUCUCACUUCUGAUAAUGUGGUUGAGGACCUAUGUUGCUUCAGAAAGUGAUGUUGGGGGUUGGGGAAGGCUGGUGAUGGCACAGUAGGUAGAAGUGUCUGCUGCCAAGCCUAAGGACCUGAGUUGAUCCCCGGGACCCAUACAGUGAAAGGAGAAUAAAAUUCAAUUCCUGAUAUAGUCCUUUGAUCUCCACACAUACAUACUGUGGCAUACACACACACACACACACACACACACACACACACACACAAAGACACACACAGACACACACAUACAGACACACACACAGACACACACAUACACACACACAUACAUACACACACACACACACACACACACAAAUAAAAAUAAUGCAGACAAAUGAAAUGCUAUGCAUUUGAAAAAAAUCAUUUAAAAAUGUUAGGCCUGAACUAUGCAACUACUAAAUAGGAAAAAGGAUAGAGGAAACAUUUUACAACAGUAUACUAGGCAAGGACUCUUGGAUAAUACCUCAAAAGCACAGGCAAUAAAACUAAAACUUAAAAAGACAAAUAGAAUAGCAUCAAAGUCAAAAGCAAAACAAACACCAGAGGGAAGAAAAAACUAUAGCGUGGGAGAAAUAUGUGAAGACUGUACAUCUGACAAGAGAUUAAAUAUCCAGAUGAUGUAAGAAACUCAAUAGUAAAGCCAAGAAUCCAGUUAGAAACCUGACAAAAGAACUUGAAGGUAUGACCGGGCGUGGUGGCGCACACCUUUAAUCCCAGCACUUGGGAGGCAGAGGCAGGUGGAUUUUUGAGUUCGAGGCCAGCCUUGUCUACAAAGUGAGCUCCAGGACAGCCAGAGCUACACAGAGAAACCCUGUCUCGAAAAACCAAAAAAAAAAAAAAAAAAGGUAUGAAAAUGGGCAACAGAUAUGUAAGGCAAAGAAAUGAAAAUUAAAUAAUACAGUGUAUCUCACCUAAACAGAGAAGACACAAGUGCUGGUGGACAUAUGAAGGGAGAUGAUUACUGGACCUACUAUGGGGUUCCUCAGAACAGGAAGAUUAGCACUGGUGAGAUGGCUCAGCAGGUUAGAGUGCUUCUUGCUAAGACUGAGGACUUGUGUUUUAUCCUUGGAAUUCAUAAAAUGGAAGACAAUUCUCCCACGUUGUCCUCCCAUCAUCCUCCCUCUUGCAACAAAUAGAUAUGGAUACAUGCAUACACAGGGGUGGUGGUGGUUGUGGAUGGAGAACAAAUGUUAAAAACCCCAACAAAACCAGAAAGAUUAAAAGAGGACAUGAAAUUAGUAUAUUGAUGAGACAUCUGCACUUCCAUGUUUAUUCCAUAACUAGUCACAAUAGCUAAGAGAAUCAAGCUAGGUGUCUAGGGACAGAUGGAUGAAGAUGUACAAUGCAUGUGCAAUAAAAUAUUUAGUGAUAAAAAGAAAAUUAUGUAAAAUGAAGUGUUAGACAUAGAAAGAAAAAUUCCACAUGAUCUCAUUCAUAUAUGCAAUCUGAAAGUGUUCUAGAAUAAUGGUUACCACAGAAUGGUGAGGGGACAUGGAGGAGAUGGAGAGAGUAGAAUAAACAGAUACAAAGUUAUAUUUGGAUGAGAAGAAAAAAGCUUGUUACCCAGUUGUACAUCACAGUGACUAUAACACUAAUGUAUAUUUAAACAUACUUGUAAAAGUAGAUUUAGAAUGCUCUUAGCACAAAGAAAUGGUAACUGAUUGAAGUGACAGACAUGCUAAUUUCUCUAACUUUAUCAUUAUGCAAUUAUAUAUUAGCAAUAAAAUCAACAUCAAAUAACUUAAUAUUAGUUUUUUAUUUAACAAAACUUUCACUUCUCAUAUCUAGCAGUAAUUCCUUUUUAAAAAAAUCAUUCUACAAAUUAAGAAAAAAAUUUGGUACUUUCUUUACAAUUCAGAACCUUUUUUGUUGUCAUCCCAGGUUUCCUUUUUAUCAAAUAAGAAACUAUGUAAGUAAGUUAUGAUUUUCUACAUUUGUAAAUUUUCAGUAUAGACCUGAGAAAUUAUCUCCUAUCUAUGAGAGAAUAUGUAGGUGGUGGUAUAUAUUGGAACCCUCAGGAAAAAGUGGAGAAAGCUGGGGGUGUGAUAAACAGUCUUGAUUGCCAAGUUGGUGAGAUUUAGAAUCACCAUGAAAACAAAGCCCCAAGGCAGGUGUUUGAAGAAUUUUCUGUAUUAGGAUAAUUGAGGAGGUAGACCCAUUGUAACUUGGUAGUAUCAUUCCCUGGGUUGGGGUCCUGGACUGAAAAAGGAGUCAGCUAGCUGAGUACCACCAUUAUCACCCUGUUUCCUGAAGAUGCAAUGUAACCUGCUGCCACAAGGUCCUAAUAUUAUUAUUUCCCGGCCACGAUGAACAACUACCAUCAAAGAAGCCCAAAUAUAUACCUUGUAAGUUGCUUUUGUCUGUAAUUUUGUUUCUGCAAUAAUAAAAGAAGCUAAUUUAGGAGUUUAGGAAUAAGAGUGGACCUAAAGAGUUUCCAGAGGAAAUGUUAGGAAUAUGAAGUCUUAAGAUUUCAUGGAUUACUACAUUUUACUAAAUAUUAGUACUAAGAUUACUGAAAAAUAAUGAAAUUAUUAGUCAGUUGUAGAUGCUUGUUUUACUGCCAAGUUGAUUUUGGAUUUCUAGCCUCAUGAGAUAUAAAUGUGUAGUUUUAGCCCAGAGUUUAUGGUACUUAGUUAUGAUGAUCCUAGGACAGUGAUGCAAUCUGAAGUUCAUCUUUUUUUUGUUGUUUUUUUUUGUUUUUGUUUUUGUUUUUUUCCGAGACAGGCUUUCUCUGUAUAACCCUGGCUAUCCUGGAACUAUCAUUGUAGACCAGGGUGGCCUUGAAUUCAGAAAUCUGCCUGCCUCUUGAAGUUCAUCUUGAUGAUUUAGCUUUCUUUGAGGAAAUUAUUGGCUAAAAUCAAAGCUUCACUUUCUACCCAACUUCUUACUUGCAGUAAAAUACAUACAAUGUCCACCAUUUUAUCCACUGAAAAGUACACUAUUUGGUGGUAUUAAGUAUAUUUGAAAGGGUACUUAAACACAUCCUUAAUGGAGUGGGUUUUAGUUCUGGACAUUAGCCAGUCAGACCUGUGAACUAAGCCUUAGUGGUAUAAUCCAUUCUGAAAGUGUCUAGAGCUGAGUAUUUUCUUGCCCCAGCAAAGCCCAGUAAGAUUUUGUCUUAUUUAUAUUAAAAUUCUGAUAAAGGAAAAGCAGAAGUUAGUAAAGUGUAAAUACACUACCUGUAGAAAAAAAUCUUAAAUUUGAUUUUUUCUGAUGAACAUAUUUCACCUUCAUAAUGAAACUAUGUUUACCUUUUAUUUUGUUUUAGAUGGUAAACUUUUAUUUUUAAUUAUUAAAUCCAAAUAAACACAAUAAACUCCUGGCCAACUCCAAUUCGUCACAAAUAAACAAAACUUUUUCCUCUAAGAUAAAGUGCUAAUGUUUGAAACUGCUACUUUACUUCUAGUAUCCAGAAAAGUUUCCUUGAUACUCAAUUUUAGAAUGACUUUUGAGAUUUUUCUAUAGUGUAAUAGUGCCAUAUACUGUAAUAUGGCAAUUCCACUAUUGAUUCUAAAACUCCCAAUGUAUACUAGAAAUUUUACAGUCUCAAAUCUUAUAUAGACUUUCCUUAUUAGUUCUCACUGUACUCAUUAGUAACACCAGAGAGCUCUUUUACUUUUUCACUGUUGGGCGAAUUUUACAGCUUCUCUUUGGCAUAGCUGAAUUGCUACUACUAAGCACUUGGUACUGGGACAACUGCCCUGAUGACCAAGAUAAUGUUCAGUGACUAAGGGAUGGCUGCUUCGGUUCGGUGUGCUGAACAGGGGAAUGAUUCUCAGUGCAGGCAGGACCAAAUGGGAUUACAUGUGAUUGUAUUACACUAAGAAUGGUGUGCAUGCAAAACUUUGGAAUGAUUUACCUUGAGGAACUUUAACUUUCUUUAUCCUUCAGAAUACCACAUGUAUACAAUGGAAUAUUAUCAUAUAUAUACUUUCUAACUUGAAGUUUCUAUUUAAUAUUUUUGGACCAUGGAUAAUAUGGAAAUGGAAGUCACAGAAAGGAAAAUUGUGGGAACUGGGGACAGUAAAGUUUUUCUUGUAUACAUUUUAAUUGUUAUAGCUUAUGGAAUCUGGGAGAGGAAUAUAUGUAUUGAAUAACUGGAAAACAAGCAUCUACAACUGACUAAUAAUUUCAUUAUUUUUCAGUAAUCUUAGUACUAAUAUUUAGUAAAAUGUAGUAAUCCAUGAAAUCUUAAGACUUCAUAGUCCCCCUACACAACUACCUUUUAAUGAAUUAAUCAGAGACUUAGUUCAGUGGUAGAAUUCUUGCUUAGUGUGUGUGAGGCUCAAAGUUCACGCCACAGUACAGAAAAGAAAAUGAAUUUCACCAUUACUACUAUUAUAGAUGCAGAAAGUCCUGUGUUCUGUUAUUGAUUUGUGAAAGUGCUAGUUAUUUUCCCAUAAAAAAUUAUAAACUAUUCUAAGUUGGAGGGCAUGCCCAUUUAAUCUAUUAACCUUUAAAGUUUGAAGGAACCUGUUAGUGGGCAGGUUUAGAAGUUCUAAAUACUAAGAAACUUUCCCAAUCAUAUAGAAUUUGCAUGUACCACAUAGACUAUAAUAGACUUGAAAGCUUAUGAUGUAAUCAACAAUUUUUAUUUCAUCUUUAGUUUGAGAUAAGUGACACAUUUGGGCAUACUUUCUCAGCAAUCUCCCUCUUUUUGAGACCAGUUAGAACUUGUUUUGCCACUAGGAUCUUUGGUAGUAAUUAUGGGAGGUGAGUUCAUGAUCUGGCUUACAAAUUUAAUCCACUGCCAGAAAUACUAGUAUACAUAUCUUCAAAAACGAAUUAUUUUAUCCUUUCUCAACUCCACCCAUCAUUUCCUUUGUCCUCUUAUAUAAAGGCACAAUGUGAAUCUUUAGUGAAUAGAAUGAGUAAUGCUAUGUUCUUACUGGAACAAUACAAACCGCACAUAACCAUAUAAUUGAGAUUUUAGACUAAGAGCAGAUUAUUAAACAGUUUUGAUACUUUUUUUGUUGUUGUUUUGCUUUUAGGUUUUACUAUGGUGAACAAAUGAGAAAACAUACACACACUUAAGCCAGAAAAGGAUAUUUAGCAAACCUACACAAAAUAGAGGUGGCUAAUAACACUUUAUGAAAGACACAGAACUAAAUGACCACAUUUUCAGAGUAAUUCCAUAUUCCAGAAACACUGAAACUUAAAUGUCACAGCAUCUAGGGGACGACAGAGAGAGAGAGAGAGAGAGAGAGAGAGAGAGAGAGAGAGAGAGAGAGAGGAAUCUCCACUCCACGUGCCCUGCUGCAGACACAUAAGCUCCGUCUACGACGUCUGUGGUAGGCUGUCACCGAGCGGGGCCAAAGCGAAGUCAGAGGGAGCAUUGACUGCAGGUCACAGCUGGGGCGGCACAGGGUAACCUAUCUCUGCCCGAGAGGGGACUCUCGUCACAGCGGCCACCGUUCUGCCACCCAUGCCGCUUCCUUAAGCCACCUCUAGGUUCUCCGGUGCCUUCAGAGGAGGUGAGCCCACCUCGCUGCCGCACCUGGUCCGGAGUGGCUCCAUCGCGGGCAGAGCCGGCCGGCCUGAGGCGGCGGAAAACUGACGAGGCUGCCGGCUCGGCGGGGGAUUGCUUCUGUCUGGGGCCCGCCGAGGCUGCGUUCGUGCCUCGCGCGCACCCGCACCGCGUCCGCCCAGCCAAUCCCGCGCUACUCGCGCGCCCAGGAACGUUCCUUGGGUCCCACUCUAGGCUGGGCCGGCUCCUUCCCGCUCCCGGCACUCCGCAGCCAAGCUCGCACUCCUCCCCUCACUCUCCACGAGUUGCACGCCUCGGGGUGUAGCUCCGCCCCUGUCCCCGAGUCCGCCCCCGCAACCUCCAGAGCGUGUGCUCCCUUUUCCCCCUCUCAGUCUCUUGCCAUCCAGGCGUCUUGGGUCUCACUCCGCAGAGCCUCUGGGUCUCGCCGGCCUUGCCCCGCCGCCUCCGCGCUCUGUCUUCCGCGAGGCCGCCGCUACUCCCACCCCGGGAUCGCUUCCUCCCGGCCGGACUCGGGGUCGCGCGGCCCGACUCCGCCCCCUCCGCGGACCCGCGCGCUCCUGGCGCGGCCUCUCCCCCCCACCCCACGCAGGCCACCGGGCGCUCGGCCCCCUCCUUCCCGCUCGCCUCGCGCUCCCCGGGCGCCCUCGCUCUCGCGCUCUCCAAGGCAAGCGCGCUCCCGGCCGGCGCGCUCCGGGCUCCGGCUUCUCCUGGCUCCUGUCAGUGCGGUGACUGCGCUGGGAAACAUGGCGACCGAGGGAAUGAUCCUCACCAACCACGACCAUCAAAUCCGUGUCGGAGUCCUCACAGUGAGUGAUAGCUGCUUCAGGAAUCUUGCAGAAGACCGCAGUGGGAUAAAUCUAAAAGAUCUUGUCCAAGAUCCUUCUUUGUUGGGUGGGACUAUAUCGGCAUACAAGAUAGUACCAGAUGAAAUAGAAGAAAUCAAGGAAACACUCAUAGACUGGUGUGAUGAAAAGGAACUUAAUUUAAUAUUAACAACUGGAGGAACGGGGUUUGCACCACGAGAUGUCACUCCAGAGGCCACAAAAGAAGUAAUAGAGCGGGAAGCGCCAGGGAUGGCCCUGGCAAUGCUGAUGGGAUCGCUCAAUGUCACACCUCUGGGCAUGCUCUCUAGACCAGUGUGUGGAAUAAGGGGGAAAACUCUGAUAAUUAACCUACCUGGUAGCAAGAAAGGAUCUCAGGAAUGCUUUCAGUUCAUACUGCCAGCUCUACCUCAUGCCAUUGACCUUUUACGUGAUGCCAUUGUAAAAGUAAAGGAGGUGCAUGAUGAACUUGAAGAUUUACCUUCCCCACCACCUCCUCUCUCUCCACCUCCUACAACUAGCCCACAUAAACAGACAGAAGACAAAGGAGUUCAGUGUGAAGAAGAGGAAGAAGAAAAGAAAGACAGUGGUGUAGCUUCAACAGAAGAUAGUUCCUCAUCACAUAUAACUGCAGCAGCUCUUGCUGCAAAGAAGCAUCCAUUCUACACCAGUCCUGCUCUUUUCAUGGCAAAUCAUGGGCAGCCCAUCCCUGGUCUCAUCAGUUAUUCCCAUCAUGCAACAGGCAGUGCAGAUAAACGGAUUCCAGACUCCAUCAUUUCUCGUGGUGUUCAGGUGCUCCCACGAGACACAGCCUCCCUUAGCACUACUCCUUCAGAAUCGCCCCGUGCUCAGGCUACAUCUCGCCUCUCUACAGCUUCUUGUCCAACACCAAAACAAAUUAGACGGCCGGAUGAAAGCAAAGGAGUUGCUAGUAGAGUUGGAUCCCUCAAAGCUCGGCUUCCGUCGUGCUCAUCUACCUAUAGUGUAUCUGAGCUCCACUCUAGAUUGGAAGGGCUUAAAGAUGAACUCUGGAGGAAUAGAGGCUACGACUUAAGAGUCCAGUCCAGGUGCAGCAGCAAGGAGAACAUUCUAAGAGCCAGUCACAGUGCUGUAGAUAUCACCAAGGUGGCUAGAAGACAUCGCAUGUCUCCUUUUCCCCUGACGUCUAUGGACAAAGCCUUCAUUACAGUCCUGGAGAUGACUCCGGUGCUUGGUACAGAAAUCAUCAAUUACCGAGAUGGAAUGGGGCGAGUCCUUGCUCAAGAUGUAUAUGCAAAAGACAACCUACCCCCAUUCCCUGCAUCAGUAAAAGAUGGCUAUGCUGUUCGAGCUGCUGAUGGUCCAGGGGAUCGUUUCAUCAUUGGGGAAUCCCAAGCUGGUGAGCAGCCAACUCAGACAGUAAUGCCAGGACAAGUGAUGCGGGUUACAACAGGUGCUCCAAUCCCCUGCGGUGCUGAUGCAGUAGUGCAAGUUGAAGAUACUGAACUCAUCAGGGAAUCAGAUGAUGGUACUGAAGAACUUGAAGUACGAAUUCUGGUGCAAGCUCGGCCAGGCCAAGAUAUCCGACCCAUCGGCCAUGACAUUAAGAGAGGGGAGUGUGUUUUGGCCAAAGGAACCCAUAUGGGCCCUUCAGAGAUUGGUCUCCUUGCAACUGUGGGUGUCACAGAAGUGGAAGUUAAUAAGUUUCCAGUGGUUGCCGUUAUGUCAACAGGGAAUGAGCUGCUAAAUCCUGAAGAUGAUCUCUUACCAGGAAAGAUUCGGGACAGCAAUCGAUCAACACUUCUAGCAACAAUUCAGGAACAUGGUUACCCAACAAUCAACCUGGGAAUUGUAGGAGACAACCCAGAUGACUUACUCAAUGCCUUGAAUGAGGGUAUCAGCCGUGCUGAUGUCAUCAUCACGUCAGGAGGUGUGUCCAUGGGGGAAAAGGACUAUCUCAAGCAGGUGCUGGACAUUGAUCUUCAUGCUCAGAUCCAUUUUGGCAGAGUUUUUAUGAAGCCAGGCUUGCCAACAACAUUUGCAACUUUGGAUAUUGAUGGUGUAAGAAAAAUUAUUUUUGCACUACCAGGGAAUCCUGUAUCAGCUGUGGUCACCUGCAACCUCUUUGUUGUACCUGCACUGAGAAAGAUGCAGGGUAUCUUGGAUCCUCGGCCAACCAUCAUCAAAGCCAGGUUAUCGUGUGAUGUAAAACUGGACCCUCGCCCAGAAUACCACCGGUGUAUACUGACUUGGCAUCACCAAGAACCACUGCCCUGGGCCCAGAGUACAGGUAAUCAGAUGAGCAGCCGUCUGAUGAGCAUGCGCAGUGCCAAUGGAUUAUUGAUGCUACCUCCAAAGACAGAGCAGUACGUGGAACUUCACAAAGGCGAGGUGGUAGAUGUCAUGGUCAUUGGACGGCUAUGAUGGUGACCAACAGGAGAAAGUUUUGAUGCAUGUCCACAUAUCAUUGACUGUAUCCUGUAAUAUGCAACGGCACAGCUAGUUUUUCUGAUCUGGAUAAAAGUUGAUCUGUAUAGUCAACAUCUUGAACUAUAUUUCAAAUGAAAUUUAAAUACCUUUUAAAGAAAAAAAAAACACCUAAGAAUAAAUCUCAACAGACAACUCUAUUCUGAUUAUAUCAAAGCAAAAUUUUCCUUUCUUGCAAAUUGCUUUGUGUGUUCAAUGCUAGGUCUGAUAGCGAUAGCUUUUAGUAGACAGCGGUAGGUGCCUGCAGAACUUGUGUUUUUCUCAUCUUUAAAUACAACUACUUAUGCUCUUAAUCAAGGCUGUCUGCUUCUUUAUACUAGUGUAGGCAACACUUGGAUUUCCCUUCUUAGUAUGCUUCAUAACUGCUUUACAGAGAGCUUUUGCUUGUUCUUUAUCAUGUAUCUCGUGUUUAUGUGCACCAUGCCAAAAGAGGAGACUGCGCGGAGGCCCCAUCCUGCCACUAGAACCUUCCCUGCUGAGCACCCAGGGAAGGACUCACCCUAGCAGCCUCAGGCACAGUACUGGCAGGCAGUAACUGGAUACCUUUUAUUUGAACAAACAAACUGGGGGAAAUGCUUCCUUAAGUGCUGACAGCCUUUUUAACCAACACAUUUAAAAUUGUACAGAACAAAAAUAAAAUCAAAGACUGAUCUUGUACAGAUAUUAGUGUUACCAGCAUUCAUGUGGAAAUCAAGAGCAAAAACAAAAUAAUGUUAAACAACUCUGUACCAUAACAUUUUCUGUAAUGAUAAUGAAACUUAAUGAAUAAAAAAAAAAUCCUUGAUCAUUA